AUGGAUCCUCGGGAAUCGGGGCGCAUCCAACAAACCUCUUCCUCGUUCGAGUGGUCCUUUCUCGUUCCUCUGUGGGAGCCAAAGUCAGGCCAGUCGCACGGACAGGACAAUGGCAUUGGCACUCACCCUCCUGCUUGCUUCACCCUUUAUGAUCCUCCACGCUCUGCGUCCUGGGUGCGAGGGAUGCUGGAGUGA